ACUGUUGCGAUCGCCGCUUUGCAGCACUCUUUACGCCACCAGCUGUUUUCGGGGUUGCGGCAUCGAGCGCGUGUUAUUAGUAAAAUUUAUAAUAUUAUCAAUUAAAAAGCAGAUAAAAUGUCGCUUAUAAUGCGUGUGCUGAAUGGCAAUCUGUCGCUGCGCCUCAGCGCCAUGAAAACCGUGUGUCAGCUGCAAUGCGGCUACAGCUCGCAUGCGAAAUAUGCGGAGCACAAGUCGAUCGAACGGAUCCGGAACAUUGGCAUAUCGGCGCACAUAGACAGCGGGAAGACGACGCUAACGGAGCGGAUUCUGUUCUACACGGGACGCAUUGCGGAGAUGCACGAGGUGCGCGGCAAAGACAAUGUGGGUGCCACCAUGGACAGCAUGGAGCUGGAGCGACAGCGUGGCAUUACCAUACAAUCGGCAGCCACCUAUACGAUGUGGAAGGACACCAACAUCAAUAUUAUCGAUACGCCCGGUCAUGUCGAUUUCACCGUGGAGGUGGAACGUGCUCUGCGCGUCCUCGAUGGUGCUGUCCUUGUGCUCUGCGCCGUCGGUGGUGUGCAGAGCCAGACGCUGACUGUCAACCGGCAAAUGAAGCGCUACAAUGUGCCCUGUCUGGCAUUUAUAAAUAAACUGGAUCGCUUAGGCUCGAAUCCUAAUCGGGUGCUGUCGCAGCUACGCUCCAAGAUGAAUCACAAUGCGGCCUUCAUACAGCUGCCCAUUGGCGUGGAGAGUCACUGCAAGGGACUUGUGGAUCUGGUGCAGGAGCGUGCCGUCUACUUUGAGGGCGAGAACGGUGCGGAUUUGCGCCUGGAUGAGAUUCCGCAAGAGAUGCGCGUAGAGAGCCAAGAACGUCGGCAAGAGCUCAUCGAGCACCUGUCGAAUGCGGACGAAACCUUUGGCGAACUCUUCCUCGAGGAGAAGCCCUUCACCGAGGCAGAUAUAAAGGCGGCCCUGCGACGCACCUGCAUCAAGCGCACCUUUACGCCCGUCCUGGUGGGCACCGCACUGAAGAAUAAGGGUGUGCAGCCGCUACUGGAUGCCAUCAUUGAUUACCUGCCCAAUCCGGGAGAGGUUGAGAAUCUCGCCUACAUCGAACACGAAGGCAAGGAGAAACAGCAAAUUGUGCUGAAUCCCGCACGUGAUGGCAAGGAUCCGUUUAUGGGUCUGGCCUUCAAGCUGGAGGCGGGUCGCUUCGGCCAGCUGACCUAUUUGCGGUGCUAUCAGGGCGUGCUGCGCAAGGGCGACAACAUCUUCAAUGCGCGCACCAACAAAAAGGUGCGCAUCGCUCGCCUCGUCCGCCUGCACUCCAAUCAGAUGGAGGAUGUUAACGAGGUCUUUGCCGGCGAUAUUUUUGCUCUCUUUGGCGUCGAUUGUGCGUCGGGUGAUACGUUCACAACGAAUCCGAAGAAUAAUAUGGCCAUGGAAUCGAUAUUUGUGCCGGAGCCGGUUGUCUCGAUGGCCAUUAAGCCCAACAACACCAAGGAUCGGGAUAACUUCUCCAAGGCCAUUGCUCGGUUCACCAAGGAGGAUCCCACCUUUCAUUUCUACUUUGACAACGAUGUGAAGGAGACGCUCGUCUCGGGCAUGGGUGAACUGCAUCUGGAGAUCUAUGCCCAGCGCAUGGAGCGCGAAUAUGGCUGUCCUGUGACGCUGGGCAAGCCCAAGGUGGCGUUCCGUGAAACUCUCGUCGGUCCCUGCGAAUUUGACUUUCUGCACAAGAAGCAAUCGGGCGGAUCCGGCCAGUAUGCCCGCAUCAUUGGCCUCAUGGAGCCGCUGCCGCCCAAUCAGAAUACGCUGCUCGAGUUCGUCGAUGAGACGGUGGGCACCAAUGUGCCCAAACAGUUUGUGCCCGGCGUGGAGAAGGGCUAUCGCGAGAUGUGCGAACGUGGCAUGUUGUCCGGCCACAAGUUAUCCGGCAUUCGUUUCCGCCUUCAGGAUGGUGGACAUCACAUUGUCGACUCCAGCGAACUGGCCUUCAUGCUCGCCGCCCACGGUGCCAUCAAGGAGGUCUUCCAGAAUGGCUCCUGGCAAAUACUGGAGCCCAUUAUGCUUGUCGAGGUCACAGCGCCCGAGGAGUUCCAAGGCGCCGUCAUGGGUCACCUGAGCAAGCGGCAUGGCAUCAUCACCGGCACAGAAGGCACCGAGGGUUGGUUCACCGUCUACGCAGAGGUGCCACUCAACGAUAUGUUCGGCUAUGCCAGCGAACUCCGCUCCAGCACACAAGGCAAGGGUGAGUUCACCAUGGAAUAUUCCCGCUAUUCACCUUGUCUGCCCGAUGUCCAGGAUCAGAUUGUGCGACAGUAUCAGGAAUCCCAGGGAAUGGGUCAAGCCGAGAAGAAGAAAAAGAAAAACUAAGAAAAGAACGCGCUCGCUUAGUUUAAAUUUAGUGUUUAAAGUCGAAUGUGUUUUGCAUAGUUUAAUUUUAAUUUCAUACAAAAUCUUUAGUUUUUACUGUGAUAAUCGUUGCAUAAUAUUAAACCAAUGACAAUUUGUACAGAUUUUUUUAAU